CUCUCUCUGCUUCUGUGCGGCACACGAAUAACUCCAUUCAGACAGCGUUGGGCCGAGCACCGCCGUGUGUCGCCGCCCCCACGCCCGGCUACCGCAUGCAGCAGCCACACCGCAGGUCGCCGCUCACGGCAACUACGCCCACACACGCAGCAGCCACCGUCGCCCCGCGAGCUUCGCCUGGCCGCGCACUGCCGCAACCACACGUGAGCUUUUCUGACACCCACCGCCCACGGUCGACCUGCGAACCACACACGCACCGUCGCGAAGUGUUGAUUGAUCCCCUCCAUGGCCUCGUGCUCGCCGUCACAGCCCGUCGCCCUGGGACGGAGAGGGGCAAGAUCCGUGGAGCUGCGCAUGGGGUCAGCAUAUCGUCCUCCUGCUCCUCAAUUCUGGUCGGGUAUCGUUUGGUCCGUGCGGCAGAGAUGGUGAAUUCCUCCUUGGGUGCCCCAGGGUGGUGCGGCCUUAUAUUUCAAGAAAUAAAAUCUUAUGGUUACAUGCUAUCAGUUAAGGUGAAUCCGUGAAAGGCCGCUUGAAUUGUAUGCCUCGCUCAGGUAAUGAUUCCUUUGUGCAGAGAGCUCUUCUUGAUGGCCCCAUAAGUAGUAAUUAAUUUGCUACUCAGAAAAGGCAGUGGCUAUUUGUGUUAUGGGACACUGAUUGCUUCUUGUGUUAAAAUGACGAUAUGGCUUUAUUUAUGUGAAAUAAUCAUCCAUGUAUUUAAAGGUCA